AUGCAACAUUCCGACGACACAUGGUUUGCUCCUAGCUUUAACAGCUACUCCACCGAUAAUCCCACCUCCAUAGCUGCCGCCAAAGUCAGCCGUGAAUUCAGUGACAUCGAAGAAGAGGACUUCGAGUUCUCCUUGGAGUUCUCCGGCGAGAAGUUUUCAAUAAAAGACCUCGCUUUCGAAGGCCGGAUACUUGUACCCAUUUUCAACACCGAUCUGGCGACAAAAGAUGAGAUUGAUCAUGACGACGUCAUUCCGUUAGAGAACCUGCUUGCUAGCGACAGUGAAGAAACUGAUACGUAUUCCUCAUCAUCAGAAGCAUCUGAAAUGGAAGAUACCGGAACAUUCCGUGUGACGUGGGGCAAGUCCGAACCCAGAUCGCCGGGUCCCGGUCAGGUUAAGAAGAGCAGGUCCACUGGAUCUGAAGAAUCUGAAUCGAGGAGGUGGAAGAUUAAGGAUAUUUUUCGGCGGAGCAAUAGUUCUGGCGAGGAGACGAUGUUCUUCUUGUGUCCUAAGAGAUUUGAAGCUUUGUGUAAAAAAGGGCUAGUUAAGCCUGGUGGAGCUUCUUCUAAGGCCGCUGGAAAGGUGAAAACUGCGUCGUCGCCGUCAGUUCACGAAUUGUUUUACGUGCAGAAGAGAGCGGAACGGAAUGGAGGUAAGGUGAAAUCGUAUCUACCUUACAGGCAGGAAAUUCUAGGGUUUAAAGUUCAUAUCAAGGGAAACGCAAAUAAGAAAUUACCCUUUUAA